AUGGAGACCACCUCUCUUGACCACCUUAAACAAUACACCACCGUUGUCUGUGACACCGGUGACUUCGAAAGUAUUGCCCAGUACAAGCCCCAGGAUGCUACUACCAACCCUUCGUUGAUUCUUGCCGCUGUCAAAAAACCAGCUUACGCGAAGUUGAUUGAUGUUGCCGUCCAAUAUGGAAAAUCACAGGGAGGGUCCUUGGACAACCAAGUAGAUGCUACAGUUGACAGACUGUUAGUCGAAUUUGGAAAAGAAAUCCUUGCUUUGAUUCCUGGGCGAGUGUCGACCGAAGUCGAUGCCCGAUUCUCGUUCGAUAAGGAAGCUACCAAGCGCAAGGCACUACACUUAAUCGAGCUUUACAAGUCAGUUGGUAUUGACAAGGAUCGUGUCUUGAUCAAGAUCGCCUCGUCAUGGGAAGGUAUUCAGGCUGCUAGAGAGCUUGAAAAGGAUCACAACAUCCACUGUAACUUGACCCUCCUCUUCGGUUUCGGCCAGGCAGUUGCCUGUGCUGAAGCUGGGGUCACCCUCAUUUCCCCUUUUGUGGGCCGAAUCUUGGACUGGUACAAGGCCAAGAAGCCGGAUGCUUGUUUCGAUGGUGCUGCUGAUCCGGGUGUUCAAUCGGUGCAAAAGAUUUAUCGAUACUACAAACAAGAGGGUUACAAGACCAUUGUCAUGGGAGCUUCCUUCCGUAACAUUGGCGAAAUCGAGGAACUCGUUGGGUGUGACUUCUUGACAAUCUCACCUGCCCUAUUGGAUCAACUUCACAAAUCCGACAAGAAGAUUGAACAAAAACUCAGUGUCGCUCAAGCGGACCACUGGUGA